AUGGCUUCAGAAAUCCUUCUCAAAAUUGAGGCUUUUCACUACAAGCUUGAAUCCGUGACGGAUGAGGCAUUCGAAAACUAUGUCUGUGAGGUUUUAAUUCCUAAAUGGGUCAGCAUUAUGAAGAGGCACAACGUGGUUCGCUAUACAUCCACCAUCACUCCCUCGUCCUUUGCCGAGCAAUUUGGCCCAGCGCUUGCUAAAAUCCGUCCGGAUUGGUCAAUGUUGGAGGCUCAUUUCACUCGUACAUAUUAUGUCCGCAACUUCGACGAAAUGAAAGCAAUCAUAGGCGAUCCUGACUACCAGGGGAAGGGGGGCAAUAUAGAAGUUGGAUGGAUUGAUCCUUCCAAAGGAUAUGUUAAAGUCGGUUGGGAGACUGUGUAUAUAGAAAACGGCAAGGUUGUGAAUAUAGUUCUAGAGGAAUGA